AUGGCCUUGAGAAACCACAGCACCAUAGCUGAGUUCAUUCUCAUCGGGCUGUCUGCUGACCCCAGAGUCCAGGUUCUGCUCUUUGUGCUGUUUCUGGGGACUUACCUCCUGACCCUGAUGGGGAACCUGAUGAUGCUGCUGAUAAUCAGAGCUGAUUCCCACCUCCACACGCCUAUGUACUUCUUUCUGAGUCGCCUGUCUUUCGUGGAUCUUUGCUUCUCUUCAGUCACAGUGCCCAAGCUUCUGGAGAACCUCCUGUCUAAAAGAAAAAUCAUUUCAAAAGAGGGAUGCCUGACUCAAGCCUUCUUUGUGUUUGACAUUGGAGGAACAGAAAUCUUCCUGCUCUCUGCCAUGGCCUAUGACCACUAUGCUGCCAUCUGCUACCCUCUGAUCUAUGGCCAGGUGAUGAGCAGCCAGCUGUGUAUGAAUCUGGUGUGGGCUUCAUGGGGCCUGGGUUUUCUGGACGCGGUUAUCAACAUCCCCCUGGCUGUGAAGUUGAACUUCUGUGAGGUCCAUACCAUCCCCCACUAUAGCUGUGAGCUGCCUUUUCUCUUCCCUUUGUCCUGCUCUGAUAUCUCCACCAAUGUCACUGUCCUGGUCGGCUCCACACUGCUGCAUGGCUUUGGUACAUUUUUCCUGAUAUUCUUCUCCUACACACGCAUUGUCUCCACCAUCCUGACCAUCAGGUCCAACACAGGCAGAAGCAAGGCCUUCUCUACCUGCUCCUCCCACCUCACUGCAGUGAGCUUCUUCUGCGGCUCAGCUUUCCUCUGUCAUCUCAUGCCAACCUCAGGUUCAUCUCCGGAGCUGAUCUUCUCCAUACAGUAUGGUGUGCUCACUCCCUUAGUGAAUCCCCUCAUCUACAGCCUGAAAAACAAAGAAGUAAAGGCAGCUCUGAGAAGAACUUUGGGGAAAUGUUUGCAAUGGCACAGGUAG